GCAGGGAGGACCGACGUGGUCAGGUGAUCUCCGCGGGAGAGGCGACGGUUGGUGGAAGCCCAGUGGACGGUCCGUGAGGCAGUGGAAGAAAUGAAUAUCCGCAACGCCCGGCCUGAGGACCUGAUGAACAUGCAGCACUGCAACCUGCUGUGUCUGCCCGAAAACUACCAGAUGAAAUAUUACUUCUACCACGGACUCUCGUGGCCGCAGCUCUCCUACAUUGCGGAGGACGAGAACGGCAAGAUCGUGGGCUACGUGCUGGCGAAAAUGGAAGAAGAUCCUGACGAUGUCCCCCACGGCCACAUCACCUCCCUGGUAAGGGGACGGAACGCAGGGACGCACCACCAGGAGCUGAGGGACGGGGGAGACCUGAAUCGAAAGCAGUGUUCCCAAAGUGACCUCGGCAAUCCAGCUGCAACAUGA